AUGCGCGCCGCCGGAGCUGCGACGACAUUUCAACGAGCUUUUACCGCCGCGGGGAAAAUUCGACGAAAACGGACCGACCGCAAACGUGUGCCGUUGCGGUUCGACGCGGUACCGUGCGUUGUUCCCGCAUCGGCGUUCUCACAUUUACGUUUGCACGAGCACACGUAAGGAUAUUUUUUUAUACGUACGGACGUCGACGAAGUCGGAGAUAGGGGGGGGGGAGAGAGAGAGAACGGAAGUGGCGAGGGGAAAGAGGAAUAUAUAUAUACAGUUUGGCAUAAAAAUUUACUGUACCGAGGGUUAUAAUAAUAUAACGGAGAAAAUCCCGGAAUCCCCGGGCCGCCGCCGCCGCCGGAGGGACGUGAUAUUGCCGUUUAAAAAAAAUUACUUUAAUUUUAAAACUGCGACCGCGAAACCCGACGGCGGAGGAGGACGAAAGUCACUUAUCUUAUAAGAGGGCCUGUUAUUUAUUGACGGGCACAACCCCUAUUGUGAGUGCGCACGUGUGUGUGUGCGUGGGUGUGUGAGCGUAAACGAGUGUGUCGCUGCGGGCCGCACAGGGGUGAAGGUUACUGUAUAUAUACUAUUGCUCUACUCGUGACUUGUGAGGAUGGGGGGGGGGGUGAAGAGAAACGGAAAUUCGUAUGGAGGAAAAAAAACCGAGAGCGAGACGAGGAGAGCGAGAAAUAUUGUAAACAUUCGAGUCACCCACCCCUCGCCCGCGAGCAAACGGGCAAUGGGUAUAUCGGUUAAAAGGGAUUAAAUUAAACGAGCAAUAUCGUCGCGGCGGCGGUUUUGUCAAACGACAAAAACGAUGACCGUAAAUCGACGGCGCCGUAUUGCUGAAAUUAUGGAAUUGAUAGUUAAUGGUUUUUACGAUGACUUUAAACCGCCACUAUACAAUACUAUUAUACUGCAGAAUGUGCGCGAGCGAGGGCUUCCCGGGCCCCCAUAUACAUAUAUAUGUAUAUGGGCGAAAUUAAAAAAAAAAAAAUAUUUCAAAUAUCCGACGAGCCGGGUCGUCUCGAUUUUUUACGAUCGUAAAAACGGUUUUGCACAUCGGUGGCCCGAGUUCGUCUGCGAUGAAAUUAAUACAUUCCUCGUUCCCCGUCAUGCGCGCGCUCGGAAAACCUGAAAAUUCAGAAAACCAAAACGCCGGACUAUUUCUCUGGAAAUAUUCGACACGUCACUGACGGGAAAACGCCGAAACGCGAAAUUCCUGAUACCCGAACCGGCGCGCUCUGUUAAUCACUCGCGUGGUGCGUCAUCGCACGGUUAUUUGCGUCGAAUCGCAUCGUUAUCUCAUUUUUUUUUUUUCACUUUCGUUUAAAAUCGUUCGUGUUUUAUUCGCGCGUUCAACAAUAAUAAACGGUUAACAAUUUUUAUUUAAAAAAAUGAGACGUUCAGGAUGACGAUAUAGAUGGGACAGGUUGAAAAAGUAAGAUUGUCCAAAUUUUAGUUUCUGAACAAAGCGAGAAAUAUAUUGGUUUGGUGACGAUGUGUGCAGCAAUUCUAUUUGUUACUGAAAUUCUAUCAGAAGUAUUGCGUCCGUCAAAAACCGAAUGGAAAGUUCUUUUGUAACAAUUUUAAAUUUUAUUGGUGCAUUAGGGAGGUUUUUUUUUUUUAACUUUCCUCGCAGUUUUAUUGACAAUAGACAGACGCCUAGGUGAUAAACGUAUUGGAAAAUUGAGAAAGUAUACUUACAUCAUGCAAUAACUGUCUCACUAUAUUUUCGUUUUUAAUUUAAAUCGGUUAAAAAAAAAUCAAUGUAUCUGAUACCGAGUUCCUAUCUAGAUAAUUAUGUUAGAGUAUCUAUAUAAAACAUCUACAAAACACUGUCAAUUUUUAAACUCUUUAUUAAAGCAUUUGAAAUUAUCUGGGUUAUUUUUUUUUUUACUUUUCAUUUGGUUUUACGAGGAUGGUUUAAUUUGACGGAACGGAAAUUCAAGAAAAUUAUACACGAGACACGUUAUAACGUGCAGUGUUUAAUUGUGAAAAAAAAAAAAAUUGAGCCUAAUGUUGUAGUUUUAUAUUUGUACAUAAUUAUAUUAUUAUAAUCGUUCUAAGUUCAAAUUUUGAUGAAAGUCGUAUAAAUUACGGCAUAUUUGAAACACGUAUAACCGGACUUUAUUAUUGUGUUUUUUCGAUUUUUGAAAUUCACCUAAACCGUUUCAUCGUUUGUCGGUAUAUAAUGGUAUACAAAAAGGAAAAAAAAUAAAAAAGGAUCGAUGAUGGACGACGAGAGUCGAAGGUAUAGGAUUUUCUGAGCGUUUACUUUGCGAAUCGUGUUUUCGGGCCAAUAAUUUCGCCAACAGUAUUGCACUGUAAUGUACGUCCGGUUAUUAUGAUAUUAUUAUGACGUACACGGCGAGGGAAUUACGUCGACAACGUUUCGUCCGAACAACCGUAUCGCCGUGUGUAGUGAACAAAAAGAAAACAUAAAAAAAAAAAAAAAAAAUCGACCGAUCUAAGUCGUGAAUCUAACGACCCGUGCCGUGGCGGCCGCGCGCGUACCCUAAUAACGACACGGUCGUAUAUACGCACUACUCCCCUCGCCGCGCGGCCGCCGUCUUAUUUCCCGACGCGGUUAUACACAUCAUAUUAUUAUUAUUAUUGUACACGCACGGACUGGAAAAAAAAAAAAAAAAAAAAAAAAAAAAAGGAGGGCACGUCGAUUACACAAUAUCUAAUAAGACGUCGAAUGGCCGUGGGUACCAUAAUACGGGCCGACGACAUUUUAUAUAAUAUUAUUAAUAUACAUGUAUUCUAUCUGCUUUACCUGUAUCUAUGCGUGCGUAUGUAUGCGUCUUAAUUUCGUCCGAGCCGGUAAGAGAGAAAGAUCCGUAUCUGUACAGCGAUAAUUUAUUGGAGUUGAAAAUGCAUUAUUCAUACUUAUCGGGGAGGGGGGACGGGGAGAGGGUUCGUUCGGUACAAAUAACGUGUACGCAUAAUGUCAUUAUUAAUAAUAGAUAAGGACAUCGACAAAACACCGCGACCGUUGAAAACCGAGAAUAAAUUCGUGAAUCUAAAAAAACCGAAAUCGUAUAUCACAUUAAUACGUAGCGAUUUACUAUUAGUCAUUUCAAUAACUUUAAAACGGAAAAAAAAAAACCCCUCGAGACACCAGAGCCCCGUCACUGUAGAGCCGAAUAUUUGUUGACUCGUUGCCGGCACAAUAUUUGAUUCGUUUGUUUUAGAUUCUUAGUGGAGCGUAGAAGCUUAUGGAUUUACGAUGAUGUUUAUUUUCCAUGUACCACUUGUCCACCAGAAAUCUCACUCCGAUUUUUAUGUGUAACACCUUUUCGGAAAGGAAAUCUGACUGGAGAGUACUCUGAGGAGAUCAUUUUUUGAUUUUCUCAAGAGUUUUCCCAAUAACUGUGAAAAACUGGAGAAAAAACGACAAAAUAGGUACAAUAUUAAAGAAAUAUUAUCAAAGAAAAUGUAUAAUGCAUUUUAUAAUUAUUUUACCACAAUAUGACACGCGUACUGUUUCCGAAGCAACACUGUCGAAUAAACUCCGCUCAGAAUCGGUUUUUCUUUAGCAGUCGUUGCCUACAGAUAAACAUUGAACCACCUAUAACAUUGGCUGCACCCGUCCCCGUUAUCCUAGGACAGCUUUUCUUAUACAUAUUUUACGUAAUUGGCUAAAUUAGUUCUAGCUGACAGAGUUGGUCAAUACUUACGGAUGUUAAUAAUAUCGGAUUAUACCUACUUGAUUGAAUAACUAAUUAAGUUUGUAUUCACCCGUUGAUCGCGUCCAACCGUAUCCUAUUUCACGACCAACUACUCCUUCUCUCUUUCAGAUGCAACAAUAGUAUUCUUUAAUCUCCCGGUAAUGACAAGGAAUCGAACUAAAGUAAAGUAGCUGUUGAGGUUUUACACUAACACAAACAAAUGAUGGAGCAAAGGGUUGACAUUUCAAACCCCUUAAACGAACAGCCUCGAUACUUACAACACGCAUACCGUCUUCCUGACCUCAUUUGGAGGCGGCCCGUAGUCCGUGGGUGUGUGCAUAACUUAAAAAUAAAACCUUCCACCCGCAACAAGACGGUGAAACUAAUGUUGAAAUUCGACCGAAAUUUUAUUACAUCGACCCGCUAGUGAAGUUUCCUUUUAGAUAAAUUGCUAUCAUUAAAAGUCGGAGAAAUUUGCUGGUAGAAAAUUUGUGCACAGAGAAAAAGAAGGCCGUAAUAUAUUUUAACUUAUACCUACGUUUCGUAUAUAUUUCCGUUUUUUUUUUCCUUUUUUUUCGGUUUUUGAGAAAACUCCUGAGAAAAUCGAAAAAUGACCUCUCUACGCCGAUUUUCUUUCAGAAAAGGAGCUAUACGUAAAAAUCCGAGCAUAAGUUGCGCAUAGAUAAAAUUAAAAAAAAAAAAAAAACAACAAACAUCUUUGUAAAACCAUACGAUUUUUCCCUCCGCUCAGAAUCUAAAACCGAACAUCAAAAUGUACUCGAAAUCUCUUCGCGUAGAUUUCUAAUCGUCGUCGGUUAGGUAAAACGAUAAAAUAAUCACCCUGUAUGCAUAUGUUCAGGGUCCGCAUGCGGGCGAUAACAUCAGAGACCGGUGGUACGGGAGACAGAUAUACAAACACAAUAUACCACGAGUAUAUAGGAACCUAAAACGUUUCACGAAAACGUCAUUCGAUUGUUGUUGUAGGUACCUAAAUUAUAGUUACCUACCGAUACUAUUGUGUUGUGUCGAAAAAAAAAAAAAAAAUGAUUAUCGAUUUUGUAUUGUAUAAAUUGUAAUAGUUUACGGUGUCACGACCCUGCCCGGGUACAUACGACACCGGAUAAUGGUUUUUUUUUUUUUUCUCUAUCCUUUUUAUUUAUAUCUCGAAUAUUCACUAUCGCCGGCAAUAGUAUGAUCGUGUUUUCAUAACGAUUCGUAACGCCAUUAACUUUUUGCUGUGACGGUAAACCCCUUCCGGUUAUGCGGCAGGUACAAUACGCUCCUAUACCCGACAAACAGUACAAAUACUGCUCGGUACACGCAGACACUGUACGCGUCAUAUUAUUAUUCUCUCUACGGAUUCGAGAACGGCCACUUCAACGGUUUGUUCGACUCAUUGCGACGAAGUCGUUAUAAUAUUAUCUACACGGGUGGCCGUAUUUUUUUUUUAUUUUUUUUUUUUUUUGAGAUGCACCUAACCGUCCAUCCGUACGGAAUGUAAGCAUCAGUCAUUUUUGUUUUGUAAUUUUUCCCCGGCACGAAGUGUUAGCAUAUUAUUAUUAUUAUUAUUUCACUCUCGUUGAUAAAUAUUGUAUAGAGUGUUAUUUUUUUGCAACGUUUAAUCGCACGAAAACGAACCGACUUCGAUCCGUCACGACAAACGUCGAACGCUAUACGUUUUUAAGUAGACGCGAGUAUUUGUUUGAUAAUAAGUGUCGGUCAAAAGUAAACAGCUGACUCUAUGCGUGCGUACAGAUAGAAAGACAAUAUUAUAGUAUUAUAAUAAUGUGAUAUACAGAUAUAGAAGCGAUCGGACGAUCGACGUUCACGAAAAGGAUCUAGGGAAUGCGGGACUGGUAGACUAGAGAGACGUGGCCCGCGAGACAGGGUUAGAUGGCGCGGCGUUGUUUUUGCCGAAAAAACGCGUGGAGAACUGUGAUGACCAGACGAAGAAGUAGACAAAAUCGGACCUCGAUUUCGGAAUAUUACGAAAAAAUAUUAAAAAUCGAAUACAUCGAAUAGGUAGGCGAAAACCGCGAAUCGUACCGUUGAAAACGAUUUACGAGUGUACGGCGCAACACAUUUUUUUUAUGUGUAAACAAAAGAGUACGGUGAGCUAAAAAUUUAAAUUAGCUUUGUUUUAUUGGAAUGUUUAAUGUGGACUAUAUUAAGAAUAACCGUUUUUUAUUAUCGAAUAUUCGAAUCUAUUGUACCGAGUAAAUAGUAGUAAUUUUUAAUAUUGUUUUCUAUAGAGUUGUAUGCACAAUUCCACCUAGUGUCACAUAAUAGUUGCCGUUCUUGAUGACAAUAUUUUCAAUAAAGUCGAAAAUAUGUACCGAGUUCAACAACUUAUAUUUUCAUGAAAAAAAAAUCAGCCGUUACGCGACGACACGGAUUGUGAAUGUUAUUAUAUUAAUUUUAACGACAGAAAUAAUUUUCCCUUACAAUAUGAUCUCGUUUAAGAUUAUUAUUAUUACUUGUUUAAAAACGUAGAAAUUCUUGCCGUGUAAUAUAAUAAUGUCCUCGUUCGAGAUUUCCAAAGGAGAUAAAAUGACCCCGGUAGUGUUUCAGCUGCUACAACAGUGUGAUUGAUGACUAAUGAUACCGAUCGGGUUUUUUUUUUUUUUUAUUCAUAUCUAAUCCAAAACUAUAUAUUUUAAUAAACAUUGCCAAUAGAAAAACACUAUUUCAUAAAAAAUUACAUAACUUGUACUUAAAUAAUUAUUUAAAUUAUUUAAAAUUUACAUAUUGCAAAUUGUGUAGAAGAAAAUUCGCCCCGAAUCGUAUCUCGUUGGUAUUGGUUUAUCGUUACGUACAGAUAUAAAUCACCUACAAUAUUUAUGUCUAUAUCUUUCUUACUUCUCACUUCUCACCUGCAACAGUAACCCACCCAUAGUACGAAGUAUGUCGGUCUUUUCUCUUCUAUGCAUAUUGUGUUUUAUUUUUUUUAACAGCCAAAUGUAGUUAUUGACCCAAUCAAAUAAGUAUCUGUUGUUAAUAUUAUGGUACUAGCCUAUUAUAGUACUACCUGCAAGAACCCAGGAUACAACUCGUAAGCAACCCGCAUAAACCCGGAACCCCGACUAUACGAAUAUUGCUAGUGUUUUUCUCAACAUUUUUGAUCGGUGGAACUCAACUUGGACGCGCCGGUUUUCACUCCCUCGGGUAAAAUCUCGGGAAACGUAGUUGUUAUAUAUCAUAUUAGGCGGAUAAAAGUUGUACAGCAUUUCGAUGUGAAUUUUACUGUGUUUUUUUCUGCGGUGAAUAUGGAUUUUUAGCAUUGACCCCUCGUAUCAACCGCUACAAGGAAUAAGGUCGUACCUCGAUUCAGAUCGUAUAUUCAAGGUCGUAUGUUUUUUCAGCGUCGCCCGCGAAGGUCAUAUCUCUAAUCGUCAGAGAAAUUACAUUGGAAGUUUGGAAAAAGUAGAUGCGACCUUACGGCCCAGGUGA